CUAAAAGCAAAUUCAUAAUAUAUUUAAUGUUAAUCGAUUUCAACACCGCCAGCGUAGCAGAAAGAGGUAGUCUAAAGCAAAUACAGUAAAUAUUAAAUAAAAUUCAAAAUCAACAACUGUCAUACACAAACAUAACUCAUGUCGUAAUCAAUUUAAACUUGCUGAAACAAACAAUGUGUCAGCUAAUAUUAUUUUAAAUAAUUCUGGUUUAUUCUGAAAUUUUGUUUUUAAUACAUUUUAUAUAAAAAAUGGGUGACGUCGCAUUGGCUCUUCGAAAUUCUUCUAAAGGGCAAUUAAAAUACGACAGAUUCUGGGUAGAAGAAGGCCGUACAAAAGAAGUGUUAGAUGGCAUAUCAAAGUACUCAACAAAAAUAUCAGUGUCUAUCAGCCCUGGUAUAUUUCCUGCUAUUAUUUCUGAAAAUGCUACCCAAGUUUCAAAAGUGAAAACUGAAGUACCUUCUUCUAACUCUAAACAGGAUAGCACUAAAGAAAAACCAAAGCCUAUUCAUAGUAUGACAGAUGUACACUUUUUUGAAUUGCAGUCUGAAAUGGAACAACCUAUUCAAGAAUAUGAAGAGGAAAGACAACGUUAUAUACA